AAGUGCGACAGCGCGUCAAGAGUGCGUAUAUUGAUAUUUGUUAGUGUCGUGGCUAGUUAUCUAGCUUUACACUUCUUUUACUUUGGCAAGGGAAUAAAUCUUACACAUUGCAGAACAUUGUUAGACACUUUACAGUCGGUGUUCACGAUCACACCUAUAGAUUGCGGGCUAACUUGCCUGCUGGCGACUCUGGUGGUAGCGUAUUAGGAAGCUACCUAGCUAACGUUAGCUAAAAAGCUAACGACCAAACAAACAAGAUUAUAGAUCGUUUAGCUUGUUAGAUAGCUAGCAGCGUAUACGAUUUUGCAACUAGCAACAGGGUAUACAAAUGGGUUCUUCGAAGAAACACAAAGAGAAGGGUAAGGAAAGGGAUUCCGAUGAACGGCACCGGGAGCACAAGAAGCACCGUCACAAGGACCGAGAAAGGGAAAAGGAACGUGAUGGGAACCGUGAGAGGGAAAAGAGAAAGCGGUCCCGGUCGAGGGAGAGAGGGAGCCGGGGAACGGAGAAGGAGAGCCGCUCAAGUAAAGGAGAAAGAAGUAACGGGGAACCUCGGAUCAAGAAGGAGAAAGUUGAUACCGGAUAUGAGGAGACGAACGCUCCUGCUCCAAAGUCUGCAAGUGGUGAUGCCUCGCUUAGUAUUGAAGAAACAAAUAAGCUUAGGGCCAAGCUUGGACUGAAGCCCCUGGACCUGAAUGAAAACAAAAAAGAGGUGGGCACAAAGGAGGAGCCCUUAGCGGCAGAGCCGAUCAACCCAGCUCAGAUCAAACAGCAGAAGGAGAUGAGGGAGAAACUGGCAGCCAUGAAAGAGAAGCGUCUCCUCAACCAGAAACUGGGGAAAGUAAAGACUUUGGCUGAGGAAGACCCCUGGCUGGAUGACACUGCCGCCUGGGUGGAGAGGAGUCGCAAGCUGGCUAAGGAGAAGGAGAUGGCAGAGAAGAGAGCUAAGCUUCUGGAAGAGAUGGACGAGGAGUUCGGUGUGAGCAGUCUUGUGGAGCAGGAGUUUGGACAGGACAAGAAGGAAACCUACAGUUCCCGGGACCUGAAGGGGCUGACAGUACAGCACAAAAUGGAGUCCUUCCGAGAGGGGGAGACGGUUAUUCUCACACUGCAAGACAAGGGUGUGCUGGAGGAGGAGGAGGAUGUCCUGGUAAAUGUGGGUCUGGUGGACAGAGAGAAGGCUGAGAAGAAUGUGGAGCUGAAGAAGAAGAAGCCAGACUACAAGCCCUACGAGGAGGAGGAGAGCGUGGACGAUAUGGUGAUGUUUAAACCGCGGUCCGUGCUGUCCAAGUACGACGAGGAGAUCGAGGGGGAGAAGAAGAAGGGCUUCCGGCUGAACGCAGGGGGCUGUGCUGAGGGAGAGCGAGAGCGAGAGCUGCAGGCCAUCAGGGAGACCCUGCACAGCCAGGCCCAGAGCCUGGAGCUGCCCGCCCUCACCCUGGCCUCCGAGUACUACACCCCACAGGAGAUGGUGGGCUUCAAGAAGACAAAGCGGCGCGUGAAGAAGAUUAGGAAGAAGGAGAAGCCGUUGAAGACAGAGGAGCUGUUGAUGGACGACACACGUAACACAGACUUCGGCUCCAGGACGCGGGGCCGAGGGCGUCAGGAGACGAAUGAGGAAGCGGGCGAGUCGGCAGAAGCAGCGGAGGAGGGGGAGCCUGGGCCGGAGGACGUCAUUCAGAAGUCAGACGACAACAGGCUGGAGGACAUGGACAUCAGCGAGGAUGAGGAUUUCCCCCCUCCUGAGCCAGCAGUCCUGGAGGAGGACGAGGCCGAGCUGGAGCUACAGAAACAGUUGGAGAAGCAGAGGAGGCUGAAACAGAAACAGCUUCUCAAAGACUCCGGGGAGAAGGUGGCAGAGCAGGUUGGAGGGCUAGGCGGAUCCGGAGCGGGGAGGGACGACGACGACGAUCCUGACAAGAGGAACAACAUUGUGUUCAACGCCACCUCCGAGUUCUGCCGCACCCUGGGGGACAUCCCCACGUAUGGGCUGUCGGGAAACCGAGAGGACCAGGAGGAAAUUAUGGACUUCGAGCAGGAGGAGGAGAGAGAUGGGGCCGGAGGCUCCGAUUCAGAGGUCGAUGAGAAUGUUGGCUGGAGCAUGGUCAACCUGGAUGAGGAACAGAAGCAGCCUGAUUUCUCCACAGCCUCCACUACCAUUCUGGAUGAAGAGCCCAUCGUUAACUCCGGACUGGCUGCUGCUCUUCAGCUCUGCAAGAACAAAGGUCUUUUGGACACUCAAAUGCAAAAAGUUGCACGGGUUCGAGCCCCCAAAGGUGCCCUGCCGAAUGACAAUUACUGCAUUGAGGACAAGAUGACAAUAGAUGAUAAAUACAGCCGGAGGGAGGAGUACCGAGGCUUCACACAGGAGUUUAAGGAGAAGGAGAGCUAUAAGCCUGACGUCAAGAUUGAAUACGUAGACGAAUCAGGCCGCAAGCUCACGCCGAAAGAGGCUUUCCGACAGCUGUCCCAUCGUUUCCACGGGAAGGGUUCUGGCAAGAUGAAGACGGAGAAAAGGAUGAAAAAACUUGAGGAGGAGGCGCUGCUGAAGAAGAUGAGCAGCAGUGACACUCCACUCGGAACAGUGGCCCUCCUGCAGGAAAAACAGAAGUCACAGAAGACACCAUACAUUGUCCUGAGCGGGAGUGGGAAGAGUAUGAAUGCAAACACCAUUACCAAAUAGACACGGCUGAGUGGUGGGACCGGACCAGAUGUACACACGUACUCUCACACACACACAUACACACAUACACACAUACACACACACACACACACACACACACACACAC